AUGCCCCAGACGUCCGUCGUCUUCUCCAGCAUACUCGGGCCCAGCUAUAGUGGACAGGUGCAGCCCGGCAUGGGGGAGCGUGGAGGCGGGGCCGGCGGCUCCGGGGACCUCAUCUUUCAAGACGGACGCCUCAUCUCUGGGUCGCUGGAGGCCUUGAUGGAGCACCUGGUCCCCACAGUGGACUAUUACCCCGAUAGGACGUACAUCUUCACGUUUCUCUUGAGCUCCCGGGUCUUCAUCCCCCCUCAUGACCUGCUGGCCCGUGUGGGGCAGAUCUGCCUGGAGCAGAGGGAGCAGCUGGAGGCUGGCUCUGAGAAGGCCAAGCUGAAGUCCUUCUCAGCCAAGAUCGUGCAGCUGCUAAAGGAGUGGACAGAGGUCUUCCCUUAUGACUUCCAGGAUGAGAAGGCCAUGGCGGAACUGAAGGCCAUCACCCACCGGGUCACACAGUGUGACGAGGAGAAUGGCACAGUGAAGAAGGCCAUCGCCCAAAUGACGCAGAGCCUGCUGCUGUCCCUGGCUGCCCGGAGCCAGCUUCAGGAGCUGCGGGAGAAGCUCCGCUCACCGGCCAUGGACAAAGGGCCUGUCCUCAAGGCCAAGCCACCAGCUGCUCAGAAGGACAUCCUGGGCGUGUGCUGCGACCCCCUGGUGCUGGCCCAGCAGCUGACUCAUAUUGAGCUGGAGAGGGUUGGCAGUAUUCACCCUGAGGACCUGAUGCAGAUCGUCAGCCACAUGGACUCUCGGGACAAGCACAGGUGCCGAGGGGACCUGACCAAGACCUACAGCCUGGAGGCCUAUGACAACUGGUUCAACUGCCUCAGCAUGCUAGUGGCCACUGAGGUGUGCCGGGUGGUGAAGAAGAAGCACCGGACCCGCAUGCUGGAGUUCUUCAUUGAUGUGGCCCGGGAGUGUUUCAACAUUGGGAACUUCAACUCCAUGAUGGCCAUCAUCUCUGGCAUGAACCUCAGUCCUGUGGCGAGGCUGAAGAAAACGUGGUCCAAAGUCAAGACAGCCAAGUUCGACGUCUUGGAGCAUCAUAUGGACCCAUCCAGCAACUUCUGCAACUACCGCACGGCCCUGCAGGGGGCCACGCAGAGGUCCCAGAUGGCCAACAGCAGCCGAGAGAAGAUCGUCAUCCCUGUGUUCAACCUUUUUGUUAAGGACAUCUACUUCCUGCACAAAAUCCACACCAACCACCUGCCCAACGGGCAUAUCAACUUCAAGAAAUUUUGGGAGAUCUCCAGACAGAUCCACGAGUUCAUGACAUGGACACAAGUAGAGUGUCCCUUCGAGAAGGACAAGAAGAUUCAGAGUUACCUGCUCACAGCACCCAUCUACAGCGAAGAAGCUCUCUUCAUCGCCUCCUUUGAAAGCGAAGGUCCGGAGAACCACAUGGAAAAGGACAGCUGGAAGACCCUCAGGACCACUCUCCUUAACAGAGCCUGAAGGCACGGAUGCAUCCUGCAGACGCUGGAUGAAGCACACACAUGCACCGAGUUUUAAUCUUGAUUG